AUGGCAGCGCAGUCAACACUGCAGAGAGGGGAGGAUCCGCUCGUUGCCCUCUACCGACGCUACAUCCAGCUAUUUCGCACUCGUCUGGAACGAUCCUCCAAGACCAGCAAGAUACUCGCGACGUUGUCCUUAAUAAUAGCGAUCAUCGGAUCGAGCUAUGGCGGCUACAACCUGCUUCACAAACGAUCUACAGAACAUGCCCAAGGGAGACACCUGCUGCGAAGAAAUUCUGGCUUGCGUGGAAAGGAUGGAUCGAGAAUCAUAUACGUGCCUUACAAGGAUAGUAUGACUUCCAAGGUCACUAUCCAUCCCACGAAGCCGACCACAUUCGAUGCUCAUCGGCGCUUGUUUCUGAAUCCUCCGCGAGCAGCAGGUCUGGGAAGCGGCGAAGCCAUCUCUGCAAUACCUCCCCCUUCAACGAAACCAGGCUUGAAUCUCGCCUUUUUGCACCAAUUCCUCAGUCUUAUGAGCAUCAUGAACCCGCGGUGGCAUUCCAAAGAAACAGGUCUUUUGAUGAGCCAUGGUGUUUUUCUCCUACUCAGAACAUACCUAUCGCUGCUGGUUGCACGAUUAGACGGAGAAAUCGUUCGAGACUUGGUGGCUGGAAAGGGUCGAGCCUUCCUCUGGGGUCUGCUCAAAUGGUGCAGCAUCGGUACAUUUGCCUCGUAUACCAAUGCUAUGAUCCAGUUCCUCCAGUCCAAGAUUUCCAUUGCUUUCCGAACGCGCUUAACACGCUAUAUACACGAUUUAUACCUGAACGAAAAUACAAAUUACUAUAAACUAACGAAUCUAGAUGGCGCCGUGGGCCCAGGAGCCGAUCAAUUCAUCACCCAAGACUUGACUCUUUUCUGUGCCUCUGCUGCUGCCUUGACCUCAUCCCUAGGCAAACCAACAGUUGAUCUGAUAUUCUUCACUUACCAACUGUACCGAGGCCUUGGACCCUUGGCGCUCACUGGUAUACUAAGCGGCUACUUCACUACUGCAACUGUUCUCCGCAGGCUUUCGCCACCAUUCGGAAAAUUAAAAGCCGUUGAGGGCAAGCGUGAAGGUGAUUUCAGAGGAUUACAUUCGCGACUUCUAGCCAACGCCGAAGAAAUCGCCUUUUACGGAGGCGCCGAUAUUGAAAAGGUCUUCUUGACGAAAAGUUUCAAGGAUCUUCAGCGAUGGAUGAAGGGUAUCUACAGCCUCAAGAUCCGCUAUAAUAUGGCUGAAGACAUGAUCUUGAAGUAUGUAUGGUCCGCUUUUGGAUAUUUGAUGACAUCGAUCCCGGUUUUCCUUCCCGCAUGGGGAGGUGUUGGCGGUACGCAAGAGUUGAGGAAUUCGGCUGGUGAUGAUGGCCGAGAACGAGGCCGUAUGAAGGAUUUCAUCACCAAUAAACGCUUGAUGCUUUCCUUGGCUGAUGCAGGAGGUCGGAUGAUGUACAGCAUCAAAGAUAUCUCCGAACUAGCUGGUUAUACUUCUCGCGUUUAUACGUUGAUUUCGGCAUUGCACCGUGUUCAUGCAAAUGCUUACUACCAGCCCCGCGGAACUCACCCUGAGUUGUUCUCUCUAUCUGAUAUCCAGGGUACCGUCCAUAGCGGGUUUGAUGGCGUUCGCCUGGAGCAUGUCCCUAUCGUUGCGCCCUCGCUCUACCCACAAGGUGGAGACGACCUCAUCGAAUCUCUCACAUUUAUUGUGCAUUCCGGCGAACACCUUCUUGUCUGUGGACCUAACGGCGUUGGCAAGUCAUCUAUUGCCCGCAUUGUUGCUGGACUAUGGCCUGUCUAUCGGGGUCUAGUAAGCCGCCCAAGAAACUUUGGUAUGGACGGAAUCAUGUUUUUGCCACAACGACCUUAUCUGAGUGUUGGCACUCUCCGCGACCAAGUCAUUUAUCCUCAUACUGAGAUCGACAUGCGUGAAAGCGGAAGGACAGAUGCCGAACUUGGCCGAAUCCUUGAUGAAGUCCAUCUCGGAUAUCUCCCAUCUCGUGAAGGAGGCUGGAAUUGCCGCAAGGAAUGGAAAGAUGUCCUAAGUGGCGGUGAGAAGCAGCGUAUGGCCUUCGCACGGCUCUUGUACCACGAGCCACGAUACGCAUUCAUUGACGAAGGUACAUCUGCUGUAUCCUCCGAUGUUGAAGGUCUACUGUACGAACGAUCCAAAGAGAAGGGCAUCACACUCAUCACAAUCUCAACCCGUGCCUCUCUCAAAAAGUACCAUACUUUUCAACUUACCCUUGGUCUUGGCAUGAGCGGGGAUGAAUGGGAGUUCGAUAGAAUUGGCACGGAGAAGGAGAAGAUGGGUGUCGAGAAGGAGCUGCAAGAAUUACGGAAACGGCUUGAUAACGUCGAGGGUUGGAAGCGUCGCAGAGAAGAGAUUGAGAGUGAGCUCAAUAAGGUGUGGGUGGCGUCGGGAGAACUUGCUCCUCCUCCGUAUGAACAGUCGGUUGAGCAGGAAGUUUCGAGUGAAGCAUGA